AUGAAUGCCGGGCCUGAGCAACGUCAGGUCAUUGACCUAGUCUCUGACGACGAGGAUGAUUUAUCCCGCUACGGGGACGACCGCAGUUAUGAAGUCGAUGCCCUUCCAGAAUUUGAACUGGGUGGACCCGAGACCGAAGAGGACUGGGAGGAGCGCAAUUGGGGUGGCUUGGGCGUGGAAGGCGCUGCUCGACUGGGCCCUCUUGAACAAGAUUAUGAACGGGACUUCAUUGACUUCGGGCCCAACGACUUCGAUCAACCUGAUCUCGCACCCGCAGUGAACAACCAUCGACUCGCUAACGCCGCACCAAACAACCUCAUGAAUGUCGAAGCCGACAUUGCAGAGAGUGAACUGGUCACCGUUGCGGUCUGCUUGCAGAUGGUACUUGACAUUCUGCCCGACAUCUCCGUCGACCAUGUGCUCGCCCUGAUCGCAGACCAAACACAAGACAAUACGCGAACAUCGGAGGCUUGCCAGCGCAUCGUCACUCAACUUCUUGACGGUGAAGCGUACCCGAAAGAAGAGGAAGAAGCCAGCCGAAAGAGGAAGCGCCAGCGCAGCUUCAGUGAGUUUGAAGAGGAUGAUGGCGAAGGCCGACCACACAGCUACAUGAACGAUGUUGGAGGACAGCUGGCUGACCGAGAUUGUCGCUUGACACGUCGAAAUCCCCACCAAGAGACCGAUGUAAUACUCUUCCAGCAAAUCUAUCUCCAAGACCACUUACUGCGGAACAAAUACUCAUAUAACGAAUUCGUCUACGUUCCAGUGAGACACAUCAACCUCGUCAUCAAGCAGCAAAAGACACUUUACAAAGCCUACGGCGUCAUCGACCAACAACUGCGCGAAUACGAUCAGUACGAUCGCAACAAGGAACCCUUCAGAAAGGUUCACAGCGCGCGGACCAAGCGAAACAUCGAAGCGUCGCUAAUCCAACGUGGGAGCCAAGUACCCAAAGAACUACAAGCCGCUAAAAAGAAGAGUGACGAAGCUGCUGUCAAGCGCCGCAAAGCCGAAGACGCCUUACGAGAAGAAGAGAACAAUAUAAGAGAAGCUGUUCUAGCUGGAGAAAUGACCGAGUGCCAGUGUUGCUUCGACGAAUUUCCUCUCAACCGCAUGGUAGGCUGUGGCGGAGCAACUAUGCACUUCCUAUGUCGAGAAUGCGUCAAGAACUACGUUGAGAGUGAAAUUGGCAGCUCGCGAUGCCGGCCGAUCUGCUUCGCAGAUUCGAAGUGUGGUGGCAAUUUCACACGCCAGCAACUCCAAGAUUGCCUUACCGACACUACCUUCGAUCGGCUCGAACACAUGCAGCAAAUGCAAGACUUGGAGGGUGCUGGGCUGGAUCUCGAUGAAUGUCCUUUCUGUGAUUUCAAACAAAUCUGUCCAUCCGUGGAUGAAGACAAAGAGUUUCGCUGCUUGAAUCCAAAAUGUCGGAAAACGAGCUGCCGCCUUUGCCAAAAGGAGACGCACAUCCCGUUGACUUGCGAGGAAGUCAAGAAGAACGAAAAACUCACAGUCAGACAUGACGUGGAGGAAGCUAUGUCGGCAGCUCUGAUACGCAACUGCAACAAGUGCAAAAAGCCUUUCAUCAAGCAGGAUGGGUGCAACAAAAUGUUGUGCCCGCAAUGUGGCAAUUCACAAUGCUAUGUUUGCUCCAAAGACAUCAAGGAUUACAAUCACUUCAGUGAUCACAACGUGGGGCGGGGAGGAUGCCAACUGCAUGAUAAUGUCGAAGACCGUCAUGAACAGGAGGUCAAGAAGGCUGCCGAUGAAGCCCUGGCCAAAGCUAAAGCCGAAAAUCCUGAACUAUCAGAAGCCGAUCUCAUGAUACAAGUCUCAGACCGUGUCAAGCAGUCCGAGCAACAACGGCUUGGUCGCGCACAGGAAGCCGUUCGAGCAUUCCCAUAUCACAUGGUUGGCGGUGCACUGAUAAAUAGAGCACCUCUAGCUGCACCGGCUCCAGCAGCAGCAGCCGCAGCACAUCCACAGUAUCCGCUCCGCACCAGCAACGGCUAG